GCCGGAUCAUGGCCGUAAGGUACACUUAAUCGUGCCCAGGCUGUGUAAAAAAGGAGGGCACCCACUUUUGGCGCGACCCCUGCAUUAACAGUAAGAAUCGAGGUGUCGCCAUAUUGGCAGGAAAGCGUGAGCUGUGCAGACUGCUGCUAGGAGGGAACCAGUAUCUUCGCCUGAACAUGGUUGAUAGCUGCUGUGCGCCGGGGUGCCGAAACAGUCGAAAGCAUUCAAAAGGGAAAUCAUUUUAUCGGAUUCCUAAAAAUCCUGAAAGACGAAACAAAUGGAUAGCUGCAAUAAGACAUGCCAGAACUGAACAGAGGAAAACUAAGUAUUGGGAACCCAAAGGCGAUGGGUUCCGCUUAUGUAGUGACCACUUUAUAUCCGGAAAAAAGAGUGAAAAUCCUCGGUUACCCGACUACGUCCCGUCUAUCUUCAAACAUGAUGCCAAAUCAUCCCAGAGGAAAGAAUGCAGGAUCCCAAAGAAGAGCAGAGCAAAUAAGUCAUUAGCUGCAGCAGAAAUCCCUUCAACAGAUUCUCCCCAAGACCAGAUCAUCGCGGGAGAAUCUCCUGCGAGGGAGUCUACCCAUCGAGAACUUGAAAGUGAAUUCCAGCUUAAUCCUGAUCAUCAUGAACAUUCAACCUCUUCACCAUGUUGCAGUGAAAAUUGUAAGAAUCAGACUGUAUCUCUCACAGUUGAAUGCAAAGCUCUGAGCGCUGAAAAUGUGUUGUUGAAUGAAAAAAUGGAAAGAACUGAACUGAAUGAGAUGAGUUUACGAAACUAUGAUAAAAAGGUAAAUAGUCUCACUGGUUUACCAACAUAUUCGCUAUUGAUGGCAGUUUUUCAGUUUGUAGGUCCCCAUCUCAAACCUAGGUUUGGCCUAACAUCAUUUCAGCAGUGGAUGCUGGCUUUAAUUAAGCUCAGAUUGAAUUUGACCUUUGACUUUUUGGCAUAUUAUUUUGACAUUGAUCCGACCAGUGUCUCAAAGGUUUUUAGACACUGUAUUAGUGUAAUGUAUUGCAGAUUAGUAUCAAGUCUAGUUCAAUGGCCUGCUCGGGAAUCCUUAAUCAAAUCUCUUCCACAUGCAUUUAGGAACAGUAACUUUGAAAAAGCAGUGUGCAUUAUUGACUUUUUUAAAAUACGUAUUGAGAAACCAAAAAAGGCAUUAGCUAGUUCUCAGUGUAAUUCAAGAUACAAGCAACAGCAUACAAUGAAAUAUUUAAUUGCCAUUUUCCCACAAGGUUCCAUUUGUUUUAUAUCAAAUGGAUGGGGGGGUCGCACAAGUGAUAAGUUUAUCACAGAGCAAAGUGAUUUUUUGACAUAUUUGCUCCCAGGGGACCUGGUUUUGUCAGAGAGAGGUUUCAAUGUUAAAGAGUCUUCCCAAGUUAAAUUAAAGAUUGCAGCUUUCACUCUUGGCAAUAAACAGUUAAAUCCUGUUGACUUGGGGAACACCGAAGCCCUAAGGACACACAUUGAAAGAGUCACUGGAGUUCUCCGACACAAAUACACUAUUUUGCAAAGCACUGUCCCAAGAAGUUUCACAGCCAUUGACAGAGAAAAUGAUGUGACAUACCUCGACAAGAUGGUUAAAGUAUGUUGUGCUCUUGCAAAUGUCACUGAAUCUGUUUUACCCUUUAAAUGAUCCCAUAACAGAUGCAGGGGAAUGUAACUUCUAACAGAAGUGGUCAUAUAGGUCACAACACAUGUGUCAUUAUUGUUCUGUGACGGCAACAAACACAGCGAUAAGUGCAGCAUUGAUUGUAGUACUCUUUACACUUAAUAGACAUGAGCUUGUUAUAUCAAUUUGUUUUUCAAGUUUGUGUCCGGUGUGUUUGGAUGAAGCAUUUCAGUCAAUUUUGAAUUUUACUCCUUUAGUGCAAGCUAGACGAAUGGGUUACGUCUCUGUGCUCAAAAGCUAUGUCCAAUUCAUGUCCAGUGAGAAUCAUGUAUCUCCAGGUGUGUUGAUUUUGACUUGUUGAUGUUUACUUAGGAAAAUUAUCUUCUUGAGUGAAAUAAACUCCUCUUGCACACUGAACAAAGCUGAAAAAGGGUUGAAAUGGGAAGAUGACUGUUUUACAGAAAAAAUAGAUAUAAACUUUAAAGGAAAGGAACAUUUAGAAAUUAACUCAUGAUAAUUUAUGUCCUAUUUAAUCACAAUUUGUUAAAUGUAAUGCUUAUAUUUUUCAACUCUAUUAAUUUUCAUUCAGUUAAUUAUACAUGCAUUAUCUAUUAUUCAUUCAUGCCUGUAUUUGUUUAUACAUUUCUUAUUUAUGUAUACAUUUAUUUAUACAUUUUGACUGGGUCUCCUUAAUGUUCUCUUUACUACGAAACAGCACUGGCAAAAAUCCUGCUUGUGGCCCAAAAUAUGUUACAUUCCUAUGUUUUAAUUUAG